CGCAUUGAAGUUCAUGACGUCAUGAUCUCACCUCGUUCUUUUCCGAGUUCCCAGAUUUCAUGAAAGCAUCUUAGCUAAACAACAUUGUCGAACUGAAUUUAUUCAGCCGGGCUAUGUACACUGCUAACUUGUUAAUGAUUUCAUUUUUUACACACAAUUGUGUGGCUACAAUACAUGUAGCUAAGUUAGACAAGUUGACUUUUAGACAAUUCGGAAAUUAAAAUACUACUACAUAGCUAGUAAGUCGAAAAUGACACACAGAUAAAGCCAACUUAAGACAGCAUGAGAUUCAUUCUAGCUGCUUAGCUAUAGGGCUUACCCAAUGCUGGUUCCAUAGCCAGCCAUUAAACUUAGUUAGCUAUGCUAUAGAAGGUGGCAAACUAAUUAGCUAAAACCAACACAACGUUAUAGCCAGCUACUUGCUUAAUGUCUCAAAGUAUCUAGCAAUGUUUACCAGCCAGUUAACGUAAGCUGUAUAGCGAUUCGCAUUGGAAAUAUUUGGCUAUCUAGCUAAUUCGAUAGCUUUGAAUCGAGAACAUUCAGAACAGAACACAUUGAGACUUCUGGAAAUCAGCUGACAGUUGCAGGCAGCAAAACAGGACCUGUGAUGGAUCAACUCAAAGUCAAGGACCGAAUAUUGGAAAACAUUUCUUUGUCUGUCAAGAAGUUACAGAGUUACUUUGCUGCCUGUGAGGAUGAAACCCCAGCCAUUCGAAAUCAUGACCGGGUCCUACAGCGGCUGUGCGAACACCUUGACCAUGCUCUACUCUAUGGUUUACAGGAUAUCUCCUCAGGUUACUGGGUCCUGGUUUUACAUUUGACCCGCAGAGAAGCUGUUCAGCAGAUAGAAGAGCUUCAGCACAUAGCAACCAAUCUCGGACGAAGUCGUGCCUGGUUAUACCUAGCUCUCAGUGAGAGCUCUUUGGAAAGCUACCUUCGUUUGUUCCAAGAGAACCAAGGAUUGCUGCAGAAGUAUUACUUCAAAAAUGCAUUGGUGUGCAGCCAUGAUCACCUCACGCUCUUCCUCACGUUGGUGUCUGGACUUGAGUUCAUUCGCUUUGAUCUGGAGUUGGAUGUCCCCUACUUGGAUGUGGCCCCUUACAUGCCAGAGUACUACAAGCCGCAGAACCUGCUGGACUUCGAAGAGCGUCUCCCCAGCUCAGACAGCCUGUCCAUGCACUCCUUUACCUCGCUCACCUCCACCAACUUGGAGUGGGAUGACAGCGCCAUCGCCCCAUCCAGCGAAGAUUAUGAUUUCGGUGACAUCUUCCCCAUGUUGCAGCCAACUGCUGACUGGGAAGAGGGUGACCUCACUGACCCGGGCAGCUGUCCUCGUCCCAUUGGCUUUAACCAUCAGACAGUCAUCAGCGACUCCGUGAGCCUUCAGGCGGCUGCCGCAGCCAUCACAGCUAGAGGAAUGCCUUCACCACCGCCCCGUAGCCCUACCUUCAGACACAACCCCUUCAACUCGGACUCGGACACUAACACCUCGGCUGAUGUGACGCCGGUCCACACGGCCAGCCAGCACCCACACUGCCACAGUGCAGCGGCUGGGGAUGACACUGAGAGCACCAGCAAUGAGCUGGAGGUUAUCAGGAUGGCCAGACGAAGGAGGCCAGCCAAGAAACGUCGAGGUGUGAAAGGCUCCAGUGACUCCGCAGUAAGCGAUAAACAGAACAUAUUGGCUCCUGAGCAGGAUGAAGGAGAUGACGGAGCCCAGGCUGGGUGUGAGGAGCAGGAUGAAGGAGAUGACGGAGCCCAGGCUGGGUGUGAGGAGCAGGAUGGAGACUCGUGGCCUCCCUCUUUGGGGCCACCACAGGGUUUGGGAGCUGAGAAGGUGAGGGGGGCAAGGAGGGGGACGGCAGAGGAUGGCCAGGAGGAGGAAGAGGGCAUCCUUCGGCUUCCGGAGAUGACAGACACAUCCAUGGAUAACGUGGGCCAGCCCCUGCGCGAUGUAAUGGACCGGCUCAAUGGAGCUCUGGAUGUGGGGGAGGCCUGGGGGAGACCAGACAAAGAGGAAGACGACGAAAGGGUGGAUGGGGGGAAACCCCAGAAGUGUUCUCUACCCCGAAACCCUUCCUCUGCAUGCCCGGAGACCGUUUCCCAGCCGCCAGGGCAUCAGCCCUUUCAAAGGGAUUCACUGGAUGAGCCUCCAGACCCUGAAGCCGGGCCCCCCCCACUGCGCCCUGCUCUGGCCCCUAGCCCCAACUUCUUGCAGGCCCCCCCGGCCCCUGCCGACUUUUACUGCUUUACCCCCAACAGUCCAGACACUACUGCCCCAUGUGGUUGCCACCAUGACACUGCAGGGCAUGGCCAGCCACAGGCUCUUCCUGGUGGCCAUGAAAAUGAAAGACAGGCAGAAACGUCGGGGUCAGGACAGGAGCCCUCAUUAGGACAGGAGCAGGCAGUGGUUAUGGAGAACGGAGUGGCUUCCGGACAAACUGAAGAGGAUUGGGAACAGGAAGGACUCAAUCUGACAGAAAACUCCCAUCUUGCAGAAUUCAAGGUGGACAACAAUCACCUGCUGCUGCUCAUGAUUCAUGUCUUCAGAGAGAAUGAGGAGCAGCUCUUUAAGAUGGUGAGGAUGAGCACGGGUCACAUGGAGGGGGACCUACAGCCUCUCUACCUGCUGCUGACUGACUGUUACAUCUACCUGUUGAGAAAAGGCGCAGCGGAAAAGCCCUAUACAGUUGAGGACGCCAUCUCUUACAAUGAGUUGGACUAUGUAUCUGUGGGCUUGGACCAGCAGACAGUCAUGCUGGUUUGCACCAACAGAAGACGGCAGUUCCUCUUGGACACGGCUGACUCCUCCCUGACUGUCUGGUUUUUGGCAGCCUUGAAGUCUGCAAUGGUUAAGGGGUGCAGGGAGCCACCCUACCCCUCCGUGCUGACUGAUGCCACCAUGGAGAAACUGGCACUCACCAAGUUUGUUUCCCAGGAGUCCCACUGUGAGGUGUCUGAAGUGGUCAUCCAUUUGUAUUCUUUGGUUUACUGGGAGGACCCUAUGGAAGUGACCCUGACCCCCUCGACAGCCCUGGUCGGUACUGCGGAGACCUCCAACACCAAAGAGGGCCCCCUACUCUACAGAACUGGGACCAACUACCUUGGCAAAGAGCUUUGGAAGAGCUGUUACCUCGUACUGAGCAAUGGGAUUCUGUACCUGUAUUCAGAGAAGACUAACGGGACACCACUGAUGUCCAUCACUAUGGGAGGUGAACACUGCGGAGGUUGCCGGCGAUCCAACAGCACAGAGCGGGCACAUGCCUUCCAGGUGAUCCUGACCGAGCGUCCUCCUCUGGAGCUCAGCGCCGACAACGAGGGAGACAUGGCCGAGUGGAUGCUGGUGCUCUGUCAGUCCGUCUCUAAAGGGGUUAUACCCCAGGGUGUGGCCCCCACACCGUGUAUACCCUGUUGUCUGGUGCUGACGGACAGGAACCUGCUGACAUGCCACCAGGACUGUCAAACCAGCUUCUUCCGCUCGCUGGGUGAAGUUGAGCUCUCUGACGUCACGGCAGUCAGCCUGGACGACGACAAGGAAUACUGCAUUGUUGAGUUUGCAUCAGACCGGGCUAGGUUUUUACCUCCCUGGGUACUGUACUUCAGCAGCUGUGAUGAGAGAGAUCGCCUGUUGGAGGGGCUAGAGAGUGCCUGGAGAGACAUUUUCCAGGUGGGUAUGCCUCGAAGGACGGUGUCGGAGCCAUCUGUGCAAAAGCGUUGUGGCGAGGCCUUGGCUUUGAUGAGGAGCGCGUGGCAGAGGAGCGAUAGUCUGGCCAGGGGACGUGCCCAGAGAGAGCCCUGGUGCUGAUGGACAUAUAGAGUGUCAGGUGGAUGGACAGAUUUGGCAACAAGCUACUGCCAUUACGAUCGGUCACAUUCAAAUGUGGUCCAUCAUGGAAGUAGAUAGCAAAUGGAUCAUUAUAACCAGAUGGUUACGUUUUCAAGUACUCAAUUGAAUUUUAAUUGGUUGACUAAGUUUCAAAGGAAUACACCUCAAGCAUGUUACAUAUACGGUAAAUAUGAUAAUAGCCAUAUAGAUAGAGGUACACUCUUUCUGUGUACAUUAUAAAUUGUAUCCUUUUAGUAUACAAGGGGUUGUUAAAUCACAAGAAGUUGUGGACAAAUGGCAGUUUAAAUCUCAACCUUGCACAAAUGCAUGUAAAUUCUGCUUGACUUUUCUCAUAUCGUUGAGACAUCAGUUCCCUCAAGUUCCCUCUUUACUCUAGAUUGAGAGGUUGUAUGCUAACAGAAGGUGCAUUCACUUUGCUUUAUAAUCCGCUGUUUUCUGGAGGUAUUUGUACUGAAUGAUACAAAAUGUUCUUGAAAAUACUUUUAGAUACAUUUUUCCCCUUUUGGUGAAUUUGCCAAUGUAUGGCUUGAAGCAAUGUGUGAUAUUUCAAGUACAGUGGACAUGUUGACAGCGUUCCCCAACCCCAGCACCAUUCCUUCGAAUUGUAUGUCCCAGAAAAAAAAACUGAACGCAGCUAAGAUGGAAGAUUUCUAUUUGAACCUUAUCCUCUGCACUACAUUUAUAGUGUAUAUUUACAGCUUUGUGAAGUAUUCACUUAUAUUGUAUUAUAAUCAAUCCAUAGUCAAAUGUGCAUUGCCCAUCUCUCCUUGAACCCAGACCUACUUUAGUUUCCAGAUUGUUUUUGUCUUUUAACAAAUACCUCGAAACCUAACUGUUCACUCCAAUGCACAGGUUUUAAUGACUUAGAGGGAUGUCGUUUACCACUUGGACUGUUACAGUUACAUCAAUAGCCUUUGUUGCACAUCUUUGUUUAACAUUGGGUUUAAUAUAGUCUUAUAGUCAUGAUGAUUUGACAGGUCAAUAUCAGUAUUGGAAUAGGCUAACCUAGCAUUGAUACACUGUCAACAAGAAGGAUAAGAGGGGUGACUUAAUUGUUUUCAAAUGCAAGAUUGCACUUUGCUGUUGGGUUUUGGCCAUGAUGUUUGAGUUUGUUUGAGGGUACUAAUAGGUUAAUUGGGGUUGUGUGUGAAGUUCAUGUUCAGUGCUGCUUUUUAAUUUAAGCACAAACGGGAGCAAAUUAGUUCAUAAGAUCUUAUCUUUUGCAUAGUAGUCACUGAUAUUGAGUGGGUGUACCUUCUUUGCACUUUAGAUGUUGAGAGUUGCCUGGUCAAUAUGUAGUACAUGUCAAUGUUUCAGUGUAUCCCGUAGGAUUUUGUUCUUUCAGCAGUGGUGGUGACAGUCAGUCAGGCUGUGGUAGUGGGUGUAAAAAAAUGGAGGUCCCCAUCAUGGCCUGGGCAAUUAACAUUUUGCUGAUUUAGUUUUCUUGCAGUUCUUUAGUUUUUUAUUUUAAGCAACUGACCAAUGGACUAGAUCCAGGAAGAUGAUAAUGGCAUGAUAUAAAGGGGCAGACCAGAAUAUAUAGUUUAAAUAUAAAGCUAAUUACAGCUUGUUUAUUUUAAGUUUUAAGCUGUGGUUAUCAAAAGUAAAAUACAUAAUUUGAAUUAAUAAACAAUUCACAAAUCUCAUAAUCACAGGCCUAGUUCCAUUUCCAUACCUAGUAUAUGUUUCUAUUUCAAUACCUCAGAUAAAAUCUGGUAAAAUGAUCAAUGGGUGCAUACUUCUAAUGAAAUAUCAUUAUGACCAAUAAAUUACAAGGCAAUACAUAAUUGUCACCCCCAAGAAAGACCCCCCUUGUGCCCAUUUUUAUUUUGCAAUUAUCACUGAGUAGGUGUGCCAAACGUUUGUGUUAAAACGGGUAAAGAGAAAUAAACCUUCCCUAUUAUAGCUUCAAAUACUAAACAUUUGCCAAUUCCGUGUCUUGCUUUGGGGCGAGUCCUCUGUGGUAUGGAGGCAAUAAACAGACCAAUUUGUCCUGCCUGAUUAAAGAAACAUUUGGGCGUAUCCAGUUUUUGCGUAUCGUCAUAUUAAAUGAUCUUCGGUUUCACUCUGGGAAGCUUUUGGGCUGCACAAAUAAUAAGAACUCAAUAAGAAUUUUAGUACACUAUCGUUAAAAAGUUUGGGAUCAUUUAGAAAUGUCCUUGUUUUCCAUGAAAACACACAUGCACUUUUAUUUUGGUUAGAGAUUGUUCCGUGAAGGAAGUAGUACACAUCGUUGUAUGAGAUCUUCAGUUUCUUGGCAUUUUCUCGCAUGGAAUAGCCCUUCAUUUCUCAGAACAAGAAUAGACU